CCCCCUCAAUCUCAUACUAGUUUGAACACUUUUCAUCUUCACUUGUUCCAAAAUAGUUUUCACACUUCCCUUUUUUGUUAUACUCCUACCAUUUAUCCAUCUUAACCUAUAAUCUUGUUUCACACUGAUCCUUCCAUUAACAUGAACAUAACUAUACAAAUACCUAGCCAACUCCCAUCAGAUCUAAUUUUUCUUCUAUUAAAACAACUAAUAAUCCCAACCAUAAUUUAUUUUGCAAAACUCUGUGUAAUACCAAGUGUUCGAAGAUUUCUAACUAUACGACAUAGAGGGAAUAAUAUUGAAGUUACGAGGAGCCAAAAUCCAAGCCUCACUCAAUUCUCCAAUCUUAGCCCAUUAGCAUGUUUGGGUUAAGAAACCUACCCAAACUCAUUCAAACUCUCGAAUUCAAACUUUCACCUUCUACGUUUACCUCAGUUCUUCCCUUCCGAACUUCAACCAACACUCAGUCUCUCUCUCUCCUCUCAUCGCCGCCGGAGUCACCGCCAUCUCCGGCACCUUCAACCACCUCUAAUGUCCCAAUACAAAUCGCAAUCAUCUCAAAAUACCCAUCUUUAGAUUCCCCAAAAAUCGAUGGAAAAACCCAUCAAAAACCCUCAAAUUAAACUCCAUUGUUGAGCUCAUUGACGAACUAUUAAGCUUUUGAGCUUGGGUACAAAAUUAGCAACGAUAACCCAAAUCCCAUGAUAUUUCCGUUUCUUUCUCAUCAUAGGGUUCGAGCCUCGACGCUUGCCUUCUUUCUUCCCCAUUAUCACUGUUUAUCUUCUUAUGUUGUUGCAGGAUCUCGUACUCAUUAUCGCGAGGUAAUUCAAUACCCUUCUGAACGUUGGUUUGUUAAAGUGAUCUGUACCCUUUUUUGUUUUCAAUCGCAUUGUUUGGAUUUGCAUUCGGAUUAUCUUGUUAAGGGUGUAACCCCAUUGAUUGCUUUUGAAGUUGUUAGAAGAUUGGAUGAUUAUAAUAAUAGUAGGAAUACCGAAUUGGCAUUGCGGUUUUUUGAGUUUAGUCGGGUGAAUUUGAAUUUGAUUCAUACUUUUGGGACUUAUAAUUACAUUUUGAGGUCACUUUGUCAAAUGGGUCUAUAUGAUUCGGCUAAUUUGGUUCUUGAUUGGAUGGUGGUUGAUGGGCAUUCGUUGAAUUCGUCGUUUUUGGGUUUUUUGGUGGGGUUGUUUUCGGAUUCAGGAAGAUUUGACAUUGCCCAGAAAUUGCUUGCUCAAGUGAAUUGUGGAGAGAAAGAUGGAGAUCCUUUUGUGUAUAAUAAGUUUUUGAAUGGCCUGGUUAAACAAAAUAGAGUAGACGAGGCUGUUAGUUUCUUUAGUGAGCGGAUGAUACUGAAAUCAUGCUUAGAUGUUUGCAGCUUUAAUAUUAUGAUUAGAGGCCUGUGCAAGGCGGGGCAAGUUGAUAAAGCUUUUAAAUUUUUCGAGGAGAUGGUCAAAUUUGAGUUGUCUCCAGAUAUCAUUACCUAUAACACUAUGAUAGACGGGUUGUGUAGGGUUAACAAGGUGGAUAAAGCGCGAGAAUUACUUGUGGAAGUUAGGUCUAGAGAUGGUAUAUCUCCUGAUGUUGUAACUUAUACAUCCAUCAUAUCGGGUUAUUGUAAGUUGAAAAUGACGGAUGAGGCAUCUUUUCUUUUCCAAGAGAUGACGAGUACUGGAAUAAGACCUACUCUUGUUACUUUUAAUAUACUUAUUGAUGGCUUUGGGAAGGUUGGCAACAUGGCCUCUGUGUCAGCUAUGUAUGAAAAAAUGCUUUUUCUUGGUUGUCUACCGGAUGUUGUUACCUUCACUUCUCGCAUUGAUGGUUAUUGUCGGAUAGGGCAAGUCGAUGAGGCCUCGAAGCUUUGGCAGGAAAUGGUUGAUAGGAAGCUGUUCCCAAAUAAAUAUACGUUUUCUAUUCUUAUUAUAGCUUUAUGCAAGGAAAAUAGAGUGAAAGAAGCUUGUAAUCUUUUGAGGCAAUUGAAGUUUAGAAAUGAUAUUAUUCCUCAACCCUUUAUGUACAAUCCAGUCAUUGAUGGACUCUGCAAAGCAGGGAAGGUUGAUGAGGCAAAUCAAGUUGUAUCUGAGAUGGAGGAGAGAAGGGGCAAGCAUGAUAAGUAUACAUUUACCAUUCUUAUCAUUGGCCACUGUAUGAAGGGGAGAUUGCUGGAAGCCAUUGGGAUUUUUAAUAGGAUGCUAUCAGUUAAGUGUACCCCAGAUGACAUUACUGUAAAAUCUUUGCUGUCGUGUUUGGUGAAAGCUGGAAUGCCAGACGAAGCCUCACAGAUUAAAAAACAAAUGGCAUUAGGAAAGGUGGAAGUGAGUUUAUCACCUUCCAAAAGAAAGUUGCCAGCCAGUACAAAUAUGGAUAUUCAGGUGGCUGCUUAACUAGAAUGAGGCAUCUGAGUGCGUCAAUCAUAGCAGUUGGAUGGAUAUUGUCCAUAUUUUGUAUACUGCACAAGCCCAAGCACUCAAUUAUAUGCUGUUCAGGCUAUAACGUUUGAAGUUCUUGCAGAUAAAUAGUUGGCCCUUUGAUGAGUGCCUACCAGAUGUUUGCUUGGACAUCAAUUACAUUUAAUGGAUGAUUAGCUGCUUCAGGCGUUUCACUUGGUUUCUGAUGAGAAAUUUUGACAAGGUUUUUUUUGGCUUAUCUCCUGACUUAACUUGCUUCCUGUGGUCUUAAAGAUGAGGUUCGCAUGUGAGUCAAUUUGAAGCAGCUGAACAUGCAUUGAUUGUAUGAAGCAGUGAAGUCAACUGUCCCCUUUUAUAUUGUGGCAUCCCAUGCAUAAAAGAAACUCAAAGCAAAGAGAAAUGCACCAUGGUUAUCUGUGCCACAAUUCGGAUACUGGCACCAGAAGGGGCCAAAACAAAUAAAAGAGAUCCUUCAAGGGCUAGUCUGGGUAAUGAAGAAGACUUCAUCAAUCCAACAGCUCCUGCUAAUAACAAAGUAAACGAUGAUGAAUAGCAGCAUUUCAAUCAAAACCACUCGCCAACUCCGACAAAGAUCUUCCUCAGCUACUUCAACGCUGUGUAAGAGCCUAAGCCCUGGAGACAAAAUCCAAGCGCUACAAUGCUGAUGUAUGCAGACCCUGUACCCAAAUCUUCUUAUUAUCCAGAUGCUUCCUGAUCCUCAGAGUUCACUUCUAAGUAAGAAGUGGAAUUUGCCCUUUCCUAGAAGUGUUUGUUUUUGACAAUAUGAGAAGCACAUACAAAUACAGCCCCUUCAGUUGGUAGAGCAUAUUUGCCGCUCUUUGCCAGCAUUUCUAAUGAAGUUGCAUGCUUGCAACAAAAGAGGCGGGGUAACUUCCGCUAAAUAGCAGAAAUUUUAACAUUAACUGGAAAUAGAUAUUAUUUUCUUUUUUCUUUAGGGAUUUUUUUUUGGUUUUUUUUGGGUGGAAGUGGGGAGAAAGUGGGGGGGAGGGAGGGGGGGGGGGGGGACACAGGAAGCACUAUGUGGCGUAUUGUUCGCAUUCUUGAUUCAUGUUUGCUGUGAUCGCCCAGUGCAGUGAGAAGUUUAAUUUGUUGCCAUUGCCAAUGAGGUUGUGUAGAAGGGUAAAUUUUGUGUUAGCAGAUUAAAUUCUUUGCUGAUGUAAUAAAUAUUCUUAAGGAUUUUUUCCUUGCCCCCAAUUUGAAGGCAUCAAAUGUUGGUAUUCAAUAAAAUUAGGUUUGUUCUGUAUAA